UGUACUUUAUUGGGCGGAGAAUUUACUCUUGUCUCAUUGGCGUUUAAUGCAUGUUUGCUGCUGUGCUUGUAUCUGUGUCUGUACACGAUAUCAAUGUCUGGUAUCUUUAAAGCAAUGUCAAAGUUUCGUCUGGCCGUGGUGCAGUUGCAUGUGUCAAAGAUUAAGGCUGACAACCUGGGAAGAGCACACAAACUUGUGAAAGAGGCUGCAGGCCAAGGUGCAAAAGUUGUAGUCUUACCUGAAUGUUUUAACUCUCCUUAUGGAACUGGGUUCUUUGCAGAGUAUGCCGAAAAGAUCCCUGGAGAAUCCACACAGAUGUUGUCAGAGGUAGCCAAGGAAUGUGGGAUCUAUUUAGUGGGUGGUUCCAUUCCUGAGGAGGAUGGAGGAAAUCUCUAUAACACCUGCUCAGUUUUUGGACCUGAUGGAAAGCUGCUUGUUAAACACAGGAAGAUUCAUCUUUUUGAUAUUGAUGUUCCCGGGAAAAUACGCUUUCAGGAAUCAGAAACACUAAAUCCAGGAAACAGUUUGUCAAUGUUUGAUACCCCAUUUUGUAAAGUAGGUGUGGGAAUUUGUUAUGACAUUCGAUUUGCAGAGCUUGCACAGAUCUAUUCUAAGAAAGGUUGCCAGCUUUUGGUAUAUCCUGGUGCCUUCAAUAUGACUACAGGGCCAGCUCACUGGGAGCUGUUGCAAAGGGGGAGAGCAGUAGAUAAUCAGGUCUAUGUGGCCACUGCUUCGCCAGCAAGAGAUGAGACUGCCAGCUAUGUCGCUUGGGGUCACAGCUCUGUUGUUAACCCUUGGGGUGAGGUGAUUACCAAAGCUGGGUCAGAGGAGGCUGUUGUGUAUGCCGACAUUGACCUGCAGUAUUUGGCUGAUGUGCGUCAGCAGAUCCCAAUCACUGUGCAGCGGCGGAAUGAUCUAUAUAGUGUCAACACUGUUCAGGAGGACAUAACACCCAUACAGAAGUAGGACUGCGGUGGUAAAGUCUUGAUUUAAUGCAGAACUCAGUCAAUACACAAAACUACACAACUUUGCCUGCUGGGAAAAAAAACUUUAAUGAACAGUCUGGAUCUCCAUGUCCUCCAUGCGAGUCAAGUGUUCCGGCUCAUCUCCAAACGGGAUCUACUCCCUGCACUUUCCCUAAUGGCUGAUUCAGUUGUUAGACCUAUUAACCUUAAUAUUGUAAUUGUUCUUAAUAUAACAAAGUAUUGCAAUAAUUUCAAUAAAAAAAAGACCAUGA